CCGGAGGGUAGUCGGCUCACAGUACAAUUAACACCGUCUUAGUGACAGUUAAAAUGAUAAAUGCUAGCCGGUUUAUUAUCGCACUGGCGUUAAUUAUUUCCAGUGAAAAUUUUGUGCACAUCAAUGCUUAUAGGAUAUUUAAAAUAGACGGCAAAGAAACUAUAUUAGCAUCAGAGAAUGAAAAUAUAAGCAUACACUGUAAGUCAGAUUUUCCUAUGACUUACUGCGGUUUUGUUCAUCCUAGUGGAAAACGGUUUUCGUUUGCAGAUCGCGCGGUUAAUGAUGGUAAAUGCGUCCAAAAUAUUAAAGCCACAAAAGCUGACAGUGGUGAAUGGGGCUGCCAUAUAGGAAGGCAGUCUGUUAGAUUAGAAACUAUAAAAAAAAUACAUGUAAGAAUAGUGAAUAAAGUUGCAGCCAUAGAACCCAAUGUAACAGCAAAGUUAGGGAAGCCGAUCACAAUCGCCUGCGCAACAACAAGGGGAUUGAUGCCGUUAAGUUAUUGCCGGUUUGAACCACCCAAUGGACAAUCUUUUAAUAUAGACUCGACAGUAACGGAAGAUCAACCUAUUUUGAAGAAGUACUAUUAUCCAUCAAAUAGUAGCCUUGACCGUGGAGACUGUGCUGUGACUAUAGCUAAAGUUAAGUACGACGAUGUAGGAGAAUGGAUGUGCGGGGCCGGCCUUGAUGAUGGCAAGGAGCACAUCGAUGUUAUCAAGCUGGAGGUCGAAGGUAUGUACACGAUGUCUACAGCAUCAACAACUGGUGUUACAUUUGGGGGUAUAUUAAUAGCAGCCGCACUCGCGUCGCUGGGAUAUAUAGCGUGGAAGAAGAGAAGGUUUCUAGGUGAGACACCGGCAGCGCAAGAAGUGAUAGAAAUUGAGGAUUUAGGCCAACGACGCUCUAGUAGUCCACGGCCAGGGCGAAGCGUUCCAACUGUUGUUGUUCAGUCACCAUCUGACCCUGGAACUUCUCCACUAAUGUCUCGAUCACAAAGUCCACCAUAGAUGAUUUAGGUUGGUAAGAUUAGUGCGAUUUGACUGUUUUUGCAAUAAUUUGUAUACACUUAUAACAUUUUUAAUUUAAUCAAAUGCCUAUUUCUAAUUAAUUAGCUUUGACUGUAAUCGACUAUAUAUUUGUGGCUAUUUACUUAACUAUAUUUAUACAUUUCUCAUUAAACUUAUUACUUUGUUUCUCUAUUCUA